CGCUCAGAUUUAUAGACAUUUAAAAUGUCAAAAACCUCCAUUCCGUGCAUCAAAUACUCGCCCAUAAUUUGGCAUCAAUUCCGAAUAGACACCUACUCAACUCUACCUUGAACUGUCAUUCUCCCUUUUCUUUUCCCCUAAAAUUUUGUAAAAAACUAGGGGGUACCAGGCUCCUUUGUUUCAGAUGUCGAACUCAAUUUUAGAGGAAAGGCCUGAAAAUCUAGAGAGCCCAUGUCGUUGAAUAGAUUGAAAGAGACUCUCAGGCCUUGCUCCAACUUCUCUUCCACCUCUUCUUACAGGGAAUCCUCAAUUUCCAAAGACUGUGAACAAAAAACAACCCUUCAGAGAAAACCACCAAAGUCCUCUCUCUUUCAGCAGCUCCAACGUCUACAAGACCCUCUCGAUUUGAAGAGCAUUCAACCCAAUUCACAACAGAAACAAGAACAUAAACAAGAAGAAAAAGUAGCAGCCGCUGCAGCAGUAUCGGAAAAUGAAGAAGAUGGAGAGGCGGAAGAUAGCUUCCCUAGUCAUCGUCAUCGAUACCGCACUGAACCUAUCUCUGCCCUCUUCCAAUUUAACAGUACAGGACCAUAUGAACCCUUGAUCCUCUCUUCACCUGGUGAAAAUCCGACAGUACAGGUUCCUUCUUCAAUCAACUGUAGGCUCCUUGAACAUCAACGAGAAGGAGUGAAAUUCCUAUACACUCUAUACAAGAACAACCAUGGGGGUGUUCUUGGAGAUGACAUGGGGCUAGGGAAGACAAUCCAGACUAUUGCCUUCCUGGCUGCUGUACUUGAAAACAAUGAAGAUCAUGGUGAUGCUAAGAUGUUCAAGAGGGACCAGGUAGGAAAGAGAGGCCCUGUACUGAUUGUUUGCCCCACUUCUGUCAUUCACAACUGGGAGAGUGAAUUCUCUAAGUGGGGAAGCUUUAGUGUUGCUGUUUAUCAUGGUCCAAAUCGUGAUCUGAUUCUUGAGAAGCUUGAGGCACAUGGGAUUAAAAUUAUUAUAACCAGUUUUGAUACCUUCAGAAUUCAUGGCACAGUCCUAUCAGAUGUUCGAUGGGAGAUUGUAAUUGUUGAUGAAGCACAUCGAUUAAAGAAUGAAAAAUCAAAACUAUAUAGAGCUUGUUUAGGAAUUAGAACUAAUAAACGCUUUGGUCUUACUGGGACUAUAGUGCAGAAUAAAAUUUUGGAGCUGUUUAAUCUGUUUGAUUGGGUUGCACCUGGAUCUCUAGGGACACGAGAACAUUUUCGGGACUUCUAUGAUGAACCACUCAAGCAUGGCCAGAGGUUGAGUGCUCCUGAUAGAUUUGUCCAGGUGGCUGAUCAGCGUAAGCAGCACCUAGUAUCAGUUCUUCGUAAGUAUCUUUUGAGAAGGAUCAAGGAAGAGACCAUUGGGCAUCUAAUGAUGGGGAAAGAAGACAAUGUUGUUUUCUGUGCCAUGAGUGGGUUGCAAAAGCGUGUGUACAGAAGGAUAUUAGAACUUCCAGAUAUCCAAUGCCUGAUAAAUAAAGACCGUCCUUGCAGCUGUGGAAGCCCUUUAACCCAGGUGGAGUGUUGCCAUAGGGUUGUUCCAAAUGGAAUCAUCUGGCGCUAUCUGCAUAAAGACAACCCUGAAGGUUGUGAUUCAUGCCCCUUCUGCCUUGUUCUUCCUUGCCUUAUCAAGCUUCAACAGAUAAGCAAUCACCUGGAGCUGAUUAAGCCUAAUCCCAAGGAUGACAUGGAGAAACAAAGGAAAGAUGCAGAGUUUGCCUCUGCUGUCUUUGGUGUUGAUAUUGAUUUGGUUGGAGGAAAUGCUCAGACUGAGAAUUUCAUGGGCCUUAGUGACGUUGAACAUUGUGGAAAAAUGCGAGCAUUAGAAAGGUUAAUGUUGUCAUGGGUCUCACAAGGUGACAAGAUUCUUCUAUUCAGCUACUCUGUCAGGAUUCUGGACAUAUUAGAGAAGUUUCUUAUACGCAAAGGUUACUGCUUCUCCAGACUUGAUGGUUCAACUCCGACCAAUUUGCGCCAAUCCCUUGUUGAUGACUUCAACUCAAGCCCAAGCAAACAGGUGUUCCUUAUAUCAACUCGAGCUGGUGGACUUGGUCUAAAUCUUGUUAGUGCAAAUCGUGUUGUAAUAUUUGAUCCAAAUUGGAAUCCUGCCCAAGACCUACAGGCCCAGGAUAGGUCAUUUCGCUAUGGGCAGAAACGGCAUGUUGUAGUUUUUCGCCUUCUUGCUGCAGGUUCCCUUGAGGAACUUGUCUAUUCCCGUCAGGUGUACAAACAACAGCUUUCUAAUAUUGCUGUUUCAGGGAAAAUGGAAAAACGUUAUUUUGAAGGUGUGCAGGACUGCAAGGAAUUUCAAGGGGAGCUUUUUGGAAUCUGCAAUCUGUUCCGUGACCUGUCUGAUAAGCUUUUCACCAGUGAGAUCAUUGAAAUGCAUGAGAAGGAUGGGCAAGAAAAACAGCACUUUCAUGAUACAACAGGGGAUCCAACUGAACGUGGGGCAUAUCAUGUUCCUUUAAAAGAGGCAACUGAAGAGUUUCCAAUAAGCUCUGAAGUUGGGAGAUCUGAUGAGGCAGACAUGGCCAAAACAAAUAAACCAAUGCUUGAAGAUAUGGGUAUUGUAUAUGCUCACCGUAAUGAGGAUGUUGUCAACUUUGGACCCACACUUCAUAGCAAGAAUGAUGUAUGCAUUCCGGAGAGUAAUAUCAUGAAGCAACCAUGCAACCCCAAUUCAGAGAAAAGACAUCAGAAUGAAACUAAAAAAUUCAGUAGUAAAGAAGCUUCUUUGUCUAAGAAGGAUCAAUUUAGUCUCCUUGCUCAGUUUAUGGGCAUGGGGGAGCUUGAAUUCAGCAAGUGGGUACUAUCUGCUUCACCAUCUGAUCGGGAAAAAGUGCUUCAGGACUUCAAAAAACAAAAAUCGAAGAUCCAUAAUGGCUGAACGAAAAAUAACUAUUGGAUCGAGAUUUUUUCCUUUGGUGGGAGGUGGAUCGGGUGGUCACUAUUAGGAUGUUCCAACUGCCUAUUGUGAAAAUACAUCAGUCUUAGGUUGGGGGAAUGUCACCAAUCACCAUUGGCUUCUAAUUUUCUUUUGUGAAGUGCCCCAAUUGCCCAGUCAUAGUUCCUGCAUUUGGCUGCCCAUCCAUUGUGCUAGGAUGGUUUCCUUCCAUUUUAAGCAAUUUGUUAUAUGGAUAAAGAGAUUGUAGUACAUUAUUGAUUAGAAAAAAGAGAAAAAAAUAGAAGCAUGUACAUAACUAAUUUUGUUUC